UUCCGAUUUUCAAAGCUUUCAUUCACAUUUGAUUUCCAAAAUUUCGAAAACUCAAUAAUGUAAGCAAAUUUCGGUCAGACAAAAUUAAACAAACAAAAUAUUAAUUAACAAAAUUAGAAACAUACAUAAAACAUUGCACUUACCAACAAACGAUUUGACUAUGAGCGGAAAAGUAGGACCACUUUCACGUAUCUACAAUAGUUUAAUCGGCACCACGGAUAAAUAUGUACCGAACUCCUUGCGUCCGCUGUGGGAACACCCAGCAGGUCCAAAAACAAUAUUUUUCUGGGCACCGCUAUGCAAAUGGGUACUCGUCAUUGCUGGCAUUGGAGAUAUGUCUCGUCCCGCAGAGGCAUUGUCCGUUAAUCAGUGCGCAGUUUUGGCUACAACGGGAGUAAUUUGGUCGCGCUACUCGCUGAUUAUAAUCCCCAAAAACUAUUCUUUAUUUGUGGUAAAUAUGUUCGUCGCAAGCACACAGCUCUAUCAAGUGGCUCGUGCCUUAAAUUAUCGAUAUAGUUUAAAAGAUAAACCGGAGUAAAUAUGAUUUUAUUAAAAAAACAUUAAUAUUCAACGUGGAUUAUCAGCGGUCCAGUGAAAACGGUUGGACGUAAUCGUCAACAAUUAAUAUUCAUAAGGUAAAUCUGGUCGGAAAAUUGAGGAAUGAAGGAAAGAAGAUCGGUACACCAAAUUCUUUAAACGUCAAAAGUACACCUCAGAGUUGUUGCUCAACUUUCAAGAGUUUUGACAAGUGAAACGAAUAAAUAGCUAAAUUAAGACGAUUUAAGUGAAAAAAAAUAUUGCAAAAUAUUAGCUAUUUUUAUGUGCGCGACCACUUUAAAUAUAUUUUUAUAUGAUGUAUCAUCAAUGUUUCAUUAUUAAUCGGCUUCGAGAAAAUCACAUUUAGAUUAAGAGUCACUCUAUAUAUACCAGAUUUUUUUAUGAAUGCCGAUUAGUUCUAAAGUAAAGACUAUUAGAUUGUAUUUUAUAACAUUUUAUAUAUAUAUGUAACCACAAUUCUCUUCUAAUAGUUAUUUCUAAAAAAUAAUAAGCACUAAAUUCACAAAGUACCAUGAAUAUAAAUAAGUAUUUGGCUUUUAUUUCCUAAGAUUAACGGCUUAGACGAGCAACAUGUUGCACUGUGUAAAAUAGUUUUGUUCACAGUUGUUUAACAGUUCAACAGUUGUUUGUUACACCUAGAAAUAACAACUGUAUCUAGAGCAUGCGAGGUGUGUCCACCUGAUAUUAUUCACUGAUGCCAGCGCUUCUUCCAAUCGUCAAAAUACUUCUCAAGGUUUCAGAGAUGUCAUCUAUGCUUGUAAAACAACAGCCCUUUUAGGUUCUCUCUAUUUUAGAAAAUGGAAAAAGUCGCUCGGAGCUUUGUCUGGCGAAUUUUGGGCAGGGAUAUCGUUGCUGUACUGUUUUUGUUCAAUAAUUAACGAACAAGUAAUGAAGUAUAAGCUUUUAACAAACGAAAAUCGCCAGGCACAUAAAAACGCGUUUAACCUUAGCGGCUGUUCCAGACAAAGUAAGCAAUGAAUACAGCUUAUAUAUUGCACACACACAGUUUUUUUAAAUAUACAGUAAUGGCCUUUUUUGUUAGAAAAUAAGUGAAUAUUAUCUUUUAAUUUGUUUAAAGGAAAAAAAUAUAUUACUUUAAAAAAAUUCGUAUGUUAUAAUGGGAGAAGCCAUAAAUUCUUCUGUGAAGAAAUCUUUCUGUGAAAAAAUUUAGAAUGGUGUUUCCCUAGAAAACGUUUUAAGAAAAUAUAACAUAUUCCUCGGAUUCAUUCAGUAGAUCAAAACGCUAUGUAUUUUUUUAUUUCCCUAAAGACUGGCGGCCGUCGUCUACGAAAUCAAAAAAGCCUAUUAUUUCCGUGUUCGAAGGUCUAUGGAGUUGAUGUUUGUUAUAGGUUAGGUCUGAAGUCCAGAGCGCCAAUACUUACUGUAUAUCAAAAUGAUGAGGAUGACUAAUAGAAGUGGAAGUGAUAAAUUGAGAAUUUAUCUUUGUAAAACUUGGUACAUUUGUUCUUUGGAACCAUAAGAAGGUUAGUAUGGCACAAAAUCUUGUUAAAGAUAAACAAUAUUAUAACAAGAUCACAGAUAAAAUUUUCGUUGGAAGGUGGCAAUAGCUCGUAUUAUUUUUCUUUUGUAUAUAUUUCGUAAACUCCUACAGCUUUAUAUCAACCAAAAUAACUGGAGGCAAAUCAGAAAAUAACUCAAAUUGGUAUUAAUUGGCUAUUUCUGGUUCAAUCCAUACAUAAGGAACUACUCGAGCAAUUUACACUAAAUUAGGAAUAGAACAUUUCUUUGUAAUUACAACCACGUCUACUUCUUAUAUCAUCAUAUUUGUAAGUCAGGCACCAAUAUACAUAGGUAUCGAAUAAAAUUUCAACUAAUAAUUAUAUUACUGAUAUGUAUAUAUUUUAUAAAAAUGAAGCGACUUAACGAUCUUAAUCUGGUAACCGAUGUCCAGGGCAUAUUGGGAUUAUAGAGGGAACACUUCUCCGACCUACUGAAUGGCAGUGAAAGUACAACACCAGGAGAUGGCGAACCCGAUUCCCCAAUCGAUGACGAUGGAACAGAUGUUCCAUUACCCGACCAUGAAGAAAUUCGAAUAGCAAUUACGCGCUUGAAGAACAACAAAACGGCGGGGGCCGAUAGAUAACCGGCCGAGCUAUUCAAAUACGUCGGCGAAGAACUGAUAAGGUGCAUGCAUCAGCUUCUUUGCAGAAUAUGGUCGGAAGUAAGCAUGCCCGACGAUUGGAAUCUUAGUGUGCUCUGCCUAAUCCAUAAAAAGGGAGAUUCCACAAUCUGUGCCAAUUACCGUGGGAUAAGCCUCCUAAAUAUUGCCUAUAAGGUUCUAUCGAGCGUAUUGUGUGAAAGGCUAAAGCCCACCGUCAACAAAUUGAUUGGACCUUAUCAAUGUGGCUUUAGACCUGGAAAAUUCACAACUAACCAGAUAUUCACCAUGCGCCAAAUCUUGGAGAAGGCCCGUGAAAAGAGCCCACCUUUUUGUCGAUUUUAAAGCUGCUCGACAGCACGAAAAGGAGCUGCCUUUAUGCCGCGAUGUCUGAAUUUGGUAUCCACUUAAAAAUAAUACGAGCUGCAGAGCUAAAUAGGGAAGGUACAAUCUUCUAUAAGAGGGUACAGCUGCUGGCGUAUGCCGAUGAUAUUGAUAUCAUCGGAAGCAACAACUGCUGUUCUGUUUGUUCUGCUUUUUCCCGCCUGGAUAAGGAAGCGAAGCGAAUGGGUCUGGAGGUGAAUGAGGACAAGACGAAAUAUCCCCUGUCAUCAAACAAACAGUCAGCGUAUUUGCGCCUUGGCUCCCAAGUCACUGUUGACAGUCAUAACUUUAAAGUCGUCGAUAAUUUUGUAUACCCUGGAACCAGCAUCAACAACACCAACAAUGUCAGCCUCGAAAUCCAGCGCAGAUCACUUUUGCCAACAGGUGCUACUUUGGACUGAGUAGACAAUUGAAAAAUAAAGUCCUCUCUCGACGAACCAAAAUUGAACUCUACAAGUCGAUUAUCAUUCCCGUCCUGCUUUAUGGUGCAGAAGCUUGGACGAUGUCAACAUCAGAUAAGACGACACUAGGAGUUUUCGAGAGGAAAAUUUUGCUCCAGAUUUAUGGUCCUCAGAACAUUGGCAACGGUGAAAACUGCAGACGAUGGAACGAUGAGCGAAUAAAAAGACAGCGGUUACGCUGGCUAGGUCAUGUUGUCCGAAUGGACGAAAACAUUCGGCCUUUGAAAGUGUUCGAAGCAGUACCCGCCGGAGGAAGUCGAGGAAGGGGAAGGCCUCCACUCUGUUGGAGGGACCAGGUGGAGAGCGACCUGGUUACACUUGGGAUCUCCAACUGGCGCCGAACUGCGAAGGAAAGAGAGAAGUGGUGCGCUAACAUCGAUUCGGUUAUAACCGGCUAAUCGAUUUCAACGCCAAAUAUAUACAUACAUGUAUAUAUUUAUUAUUAAAAUUGACGCGCUCAAAAUAAUUCCUUUCUUGAAAAUCUCGCAAAUAUUGUCGCUCCACGUGUAGCAGUAAUCUCGUUAUAUUCGCAUUUUAUAUGAGCGCUUUAUAAGUACAUAUGUAUGUAUGUAGAUACUACGAUAUCUAAAUCAUACUAUAUAUGAUGCUUAUACAUACUUAUGUACAUAAGUUCAUAAAUAAUUGUACCAGGGGUUUCACAACGCAUUCAUUAACACUGUGAUUCAUGUUACGCUAAGUUCAAAUGUGUAUUCUGUUUAAAGUUGUUAAUGUUAAUGUACCGAAUAAAUAAGUACUCCCGACUGGGUAUUGAAAUAACUAUAUAUUUUAAAAAAAGCAUAUUCUCCGUUUUUCUAAGUUAGCCGCCAAAAUCAAAGUAUUUGCGAAUUUCGAAAAUUCUCUUAUUGUAAAACAUUAUUAUGAAUUACAGUACGCAGUUACAAAGAAAUCAAAAAUACGGAAAAAAUUGAUUUCGUCCAAUACCCAAGAAAGGUCGAUUUUGUUGCACAGUGCUGAUGAAAAUAUUGCAAAUAAAAUUACUCUUUGAAAUAAACUAUCACAAGUGAAAAACACUUUUUAGUUGCUUCUCCAUACACAAAAACAGCUGAUUUAUUUGAGAAAGAACGAAUAGCAAUUAAGCGCGCACUCAUUUAAAAACUUUAUCGAGUUAGUAUUUACCGAGUACAAGCUUAAACAUAUGUAUGUAUAAAAAUCACCACUUAAAUUUCUUAUCAGAUAAUCAGCGAAUCAUAAAAGCUCAACGAGCGAAACCAGUUGUCUGGCAGUUCUUCACUAUCUAGCAAACGGUGAGGAAGUCAACACUAGUAAUUGUUCAAGCAAAGUACCUGGUAUACCUUUCCCUUAGGAUAAAGUUAGAAAAUUGUAAAUACGAGCCACAAGUACAAAAUACUAUUUAGUCUCAAACGAAACGAACGCCUUGAAACAAGUGCUUAGGAAA